CUGCACAGCAAGCAGGAGGGUCCCAGGAGCAGCUGGCCAGGGGCUCCAAGACUCCCCCUCCUUCCCACAAAUGGCUCUGGGAUGCCUGUUCCCUCCAACCUCCCCUAGUAUAUGGAGAAGCUGUUCUGAUCCAAGCUUUAGGAAGCAUGAAGCCUGCAGAUCAAGAGGACCAUAGUCUGACAACAAAAGACCAUGCAGCUACUGGAGUACCUGCAUUGCACCAGGCCAGACCAUCCUUUGAACUGUUCCCAGCAAGCUGAAAUAAUCUGUGGCGUAUGCAGUGCAGCUUGGUGAAAGUGAGCUAUUUUCAAAAGCUCCCCCUGGCCCAGCACUGUACAGUGGAUCGUUCCAUAUGAUUUGGUCUGGAAGGAGUUCCAGAGCGGGUCAGAGGAAUAGGUGAAGAGUGAUGUGGUGAGUUCCUUCCACACAAGCCAAUGUGCCGAGCUUGCCAUAUCCAGUGUUACCAUUUUCCACUUCUCUCACAGAAAGAAAACUGCCUCUGUGGGGACCUCAGCAUGCCAGAGACUGGACUGAGAUCAUCUUAUUUGAGCUGACGCAGGAUUUGAUUAAACUCAGAUUGUCAGAGGUGUAAGAUUGUUUCAUUAGCAAAAAUGGGUCAUAUGAAACCCCCUUCAUCGGCUGCACCACAUCAUGACAUGAUGGUUCUCUCCCAUUGCCUCUCCUCCAUGCAGCUGGAAUCGCUUUCUCGCUCCACACUAAACUAUGGGAUGUUUGCAAUUAAGCUUUUCUUUUUUUUCCCUUUAAAAGUAGCAUUCAGAGCUCCAUAAAGUCAUCUGGAAGUGCCAUGAACCUUUGGACUGAGAUGGAUGUGUACAUGGCUGCCAGGACCGGAUAGCUAUUGGCCCAGAUGUGAAGCUUUGUGUUGGAGCUGGGACACAGGAAUGUCAAAGUUUGAGAGACUCUGGCCAGAGUCCUGAUCUCUCCAGAUGGUCACAGGAUAUAAAGUGCAGCUGGGAGGCAAGCUCCAGAACCCUCCUAGAGAAGCUCUGAGGCUGCAGAAUCGCAUUAGACAAAAAGGAGGAGAUGAGGAAACUUCUGGUGCUGCUACUCCUGACCCUGGCAGCCUUCUGCUAUUGUGAAAGAGAUUCAAAGGACACCUUGGAAUCACACAGUGUUGAAGGUGUUAAGGUAAAAAGAGAAAUGGCCAAUGCCUUUGUGAGGAGGCAGAAGAGGUCCUACCCCUAUUAUGAAAGGUACUAUGAAAUGUACAAGUCCCCAAUGGAGCUGAGGAAGGAACAGUGUGAAAACUACGCCCCCUGUGACUACCUGUCAGAUCACGUGGGGUUUCAUGCUGCAUAUCAGCGUUACUUUGGGAGAUUCUGAGGAAGAGACUGUCCCUUCCCUCACCUGGCUAGGGUCCAGUCUGACCUCCAUAAAGACUGGGGUAAUGGGAGGAAGGGAAGGAAGUAAAAGAGAGAUUUAGAUUGGGCCCACUUCAAUUCUGCUCAGCACUGAUGAGAGCAUAAUGGCAAAAUUUACCCCAUGUAUCCAUUGUCCAGUCUAAGACUGCUGAACACUAGUUGUGAUCCUUGUACCAGAGGCAUUCCUCCAAUGGCCUCCCAUGGUAUUUUGAGCUUCUUCAGAGAAAGGAAGGUGAGGAGAAUCCAUCUUAUCUGCUUGCCAUGGAAGUUCCAGAGCAAGUAUAGGAAGAGGAGAUUCUUCUGAAGAAACUCAAAAUAUGACAAAGGGUGGCAGCAAGAACUUUUGUGCUCCCUCCCCUCCCAAAAAAGUACAAGGUGAGGGGUGACUAAUAUGAGAAAUGCAACUGUGUGUGUGUGCGCGCGCUGUGGAGAGCAGUGAUCCUCAUGCACCCACUGGAAUCGGGGGGUCCUGCUGCUUCCUGUUGGGGAAGGUUCAGCAGUUUGCAACCACCAGGUUCCAGGGUGGGGUGAUCAUCCCAAGUGUAUGUUAGUAACAAUGCAUGAGCCCCUAAAGGUUUGGUGGGUCCAUUCAACUAAGCACCUUGAUUUCAUAUACUUCACUGAGCUUCUUGGACCUGCAAAAUUGGGGUGAAAAUCUCUGGUGCUUCUGAUACACCAUGUUUCUGGUCAGGCUGAAAAUACCCGAGCAAAAAGCUGUUCCUCAUAAUUAGUUUGGCACUUAUGUUUCUGGUCCUGACUCAAACAAACAAACAAAAAAUGCAGAGGCAGCUGUAAAAAUAAAACAAAAAGUUAAUUGAACUUUUAUGAAUCUUCAAAAAGAAAAAAGGGGGUCAGUUCAGGGUUGGGUUGCGUUGAAGUUGGGUCAGUGCCAAGUUUAUCCAAAUUGGUUUGUCUAUCCCCAAUAUGUAUCUUCCCUCUUUGCAAAUUCAUGCAGGCAUCUUUUUAUGAGUUUUAUGCAUUAGCAACUUUCUGAAGUUUCACCUGUACCAUCAUAUAUUCUGUUCUGUAAGGGAGAUAUCAGGUUCUCCAGAGGGGCAGGUGUCUGCUCAGCAGCAAAAUUCGCAUGUUGGCUGGUGAAAUCAUCCCCAGCUGUUGGCUAUAAUAAACGCUGGUUAUGUAAAGCA